AAAGCGCUUCAGUAGCGAGAGGGGCUGAGAAAGUGGUGACACCGCCGGGGUGCGGAGGGAGUCCCUGAAACUUCUCCCAACAGCCCCAGGGCCAAUCUCCCCUCAGCCCACUCCCCUCUUCGCCAGCUCCCAGGUCCCCACUCCCUGCACCGGGGGUGGGGUUGGGAGCCAGGCCCGUCUCCCGCUGGGACACACACAGGGGCCGGGAGCGGGGACGGGACCCCCGAGGCGGGGGGGACGGACCGACAGACAGACGGCCGGGCGCCCGCCCCAGCGGGCAGGCAGGCAGGAGGAGGCGGAGGCGGGGGUACGACUGGGAGGACUGGGUCUGGGGAGUUUCCUCUCAACUAUCGGGGGAGAAACUCCCCGCAGCCGGAGGAAAGACCCAGACCGUGUUUUCCUCCCGGGGGCCGCGCUCCCCCGCCCCGCGUAGCGGCGGUCGCCGCCGCCGCCACCGGCGCCUCCACCUCUACCAUCUCCUCUUUCUCCACCACCUCGGGCCCCGGUGUCCCCGGCCAGCACUAUGCCCAUCUUACUGUUCCUGAUAGACACGUCUGCCUCUAUGAACCAGCGCAGCCAUCUGGGCACCACCUACCUGGACACGGCCAAAGGCGCGGUAGAGACCUUCAUGAAGCUCCGUGCCCGGGACCCUGCCAGUAGAGGAGACAGGUAUAUGCUGGUCACUUUCGAAGAGCCGCCCUAUGCUAUCAAGGCCGGAUGGAAAGAAAACCAUGCAACGUUUAUGAAUGAACUGAAAAACCUUCAGGCUGAAGGACUUACGACUCUUGGCCAAUCCCUAAGGACAGCUUUUGAUUUAUUAAAUUUAAAUAGAUUAGUAACUGGCAUAGACAACUAUGGGCAGGGAAGAAACCCUUUUUUUUUGGAGCCAGCAAUAAUUAUUACAAUUACUGAUGGGAGCAAGUUGACUACUACCAGUGGAGUCCAGGAUGAGCUCCAUUUACCUCUUAAUUCUCCUUUGCCUGGAAGCGAAUUGACCAAGGAACCUUUUCGUUGGGAUCAGAGACUCUUUGCAUUAGUGUUGCGGUUGCCUGGCACGAUGUCAGUAGAAUCAGAGCAGUUGACAGGUGUGCCUUUAGAUGACUCUGCAAUCACACCAAUGUGUGAAGUGACAGGCGGCCGUUCAUACUCUGUAUGUUCUCCAAGAAUGCUUAAUCAGUGUCUGGAGUCCUUGGUGCAGAAAGUACAAAGUGGAGUGGUAAUAAACUUUGAGAAAGCAGGACCAGAUCCAUCCCCUGUAGAAGAUGGGCAGCCAGAUGUAUCAAGGCCUUUGGGAUCUCAGCCUUGGCAUAGCUGUCACAAACUCAUAUAUGUCAGACCAAAUCCUAAAACUGGGGUUCCGAUAGGUCACUGGCCUGUUCCAGAGUCUUUUUGGCCAGAUCAGAAUUCUCCAACACUACCACCUCGUACAUCUCAUCCUGUAGUGAAGUUUUCCUGUACAGACUGUGAACCGAUGGUUAUUGACAAAUUGCCUUUUGACAAAUAUGAGUUGGAACCUUCACCGCUGACUCAGUUUAUCCUGGAAAGAAAAUCUCCUCAAACCUGUUGGCAGGUAUAUGUGAGCAAUAGUGCAAAAUAUAGCGAACUUGGCCAUCCCUUUGGUUACUUGAAAGCCAGUACAGCACUGAACUGUGUCAACUUAUUUGUGAUGCCUUACAAUUACCCAGUCCUCCUUCCCCUUUUAGAUGACUUGUUUAAAGUACAUAAGGCAAAACCAACAUUGAAAUGGAGACAGUCAUUUGAAAGUUAUUUGAAGACAAUGCCUCCCUACUAUCUUGGGCCUUUGAAGAAAGCUGUUAGAAUGAUGGGAGCACCUAACCUAAUAGCAGACAGUAUGGAAUAUGGACUUAGUUACAGUGUCAUUUCAUACCUCAAAAAAUUGAGUCAGCAGGCGAAAAUAGAAUCUGAUCGAGUCAUCGGUUCUGUAGGCAAAAAAGUAGUACCGGAAACUGGAAUUAAAGUCCGAAGCAGAUCACAUGGUUUAUCAAUGGCUUAUAGGAAAGAUUUUCAACAGCUGCUCCAGGGAAUUUCAGAGGAUGUUCCUCACAGACUGCUAGACCUUAAUAUGAAAGAAUACACUGGGUUCCAAGUUGCUUUGCUCAAUAAGGAUUUGAAGCCACAGACAUUUAGAAAUGCGUAUGACAUACCAAGACGGAAUCUUUUGGAUCACUUAACAAGAAUGAGAUCUAAUCUUUUGAAGAGCACCCGCAGAUUUCUUAAAGGACAGGAUGAAGAUCAAGUGCACAGUGUUCCUAUAGCACAAAUGGGGAAUUACCAGGAAUACCUCAAGCAAGUACCUUCUCCACUAAGAGAACUUGAUCCUGAUCAGCCUCGAAGGUUGCAUACAUUUGGCAACCCCUUUAAGCUGGAUAAAAAGGGUAUGAUGAUAGAUGAGGCAGAUGAAUUUGUGGCUGGACCUCAAAAUAAACAUAAACGACCUGGAGAACCAAAUAUGCAAGGUAUCCCUAAAAGACGUCGCUGUAUGUCUCCACUACUAAGAGGCAGACAACAGAAUCCAGUUGUGAACAAUCAUAUUGGAGGAAAAGGACCACCUGUAGCUAUGACUCAAGCACAGCCAGAUCUUCUUAAACCCCUUCCUCUUCAUAAAAUUUCAGAAGCCACUAAUGAUUCAACAAUAGAUGAUGUGGUUGAAAAUCACGUUGCAGACCAACUUUCAUCAGAUAUUACACCAAAUGCUAUGGAAAGUGAAUUUUCAGCAUCUUCUUCUCCAGCCAAUUUACUGGAACGACCAACCAAUCAUACAGAGGCUCUUGGCCAUGACCACUUAGGAACUAAUGACCUCACUGUUGGUGGAUUUUUAGAAAAUCACGAGGAGCCAAGAGAUAAAGAACGAUGUCCUGAAGAGAAUCUACCAGCAUCUUCACUCAACAAAGGGAAGAAAUUGAUGCAUUGCAGAAGCCAUGAAGAGGUCAACACUGAACUAAAAGCACAAAUAAUAAAAGAGAUCCGAAAGCCAGGAAGAAAAUAUGAAAAGAUCUUCACUUUACUGAAGCAUGUGCAAGGCAGUUUACAAACAAGACUAAUAUUUUUACAAAAUGUCAUUAAAGAAGCAUCAAGGUUUAAAAAAAGAAUGCUAAUAGAACAACUGGAGAACUUCUUGGAUGAAAUUCAUCGAAGAGCCAAUCAGAUCAACCAUAUUAAUAGCAAUUAAAAGAAAACAGAAUGUGGCCACUUAUUUCACUACCUUCUCCAAAUACAAAGUAAAUACAAGACUGUUGUGAUCUUGCAUUCAUUUU